GCCGCAGAUCGGGGCAGUGAUCAACCUGGGGAGGAGUCAAACGCUUCUCCACCUAACAGCCUUCCCUGAUUUCACAGAAAACGAAAGUUAACAGCGCUGUGAUAAAGAUGGCAGAGUGCUCCACGGAGCCAGAUCCGUUGUCCUGCUUGAUAUGCUUCGACAGACUCAAAAGCCCUGUGACACUUCACUGUGGCCACAGCUACUGCAUGGACUGUGUAAACGGAUAUUGGGACCAGGAGAACAACCACGGGGUUUACAGCUGUCCCCAGUGCAGACGCACUUUCAGCCCCAGACCUGAGCUGAACAAAAAUACAGUGCUGGCUUCUCUGGCAGGGAAAGUGUCAGGGCCAGAAGCACCCACCCCUCCUGUGAAGGAUGAAGUGGGUCCUGGGGAUGUGGAGUGUGAUUUCUGCACUGUGAGGAAGCUGAAAGCUGUCAAGUCCUGCCUGGUGUGUCUGGCUUCUUACUGUGCUACUCACUUGGAGCCCCACUAUGUGUCUGAGGCUUUCAAAAGGCACAAGCUGGUGGAAACCUCUUCUUCCAUUCAAGAGAAGAUCUGCCCAAAGCAUGACAAGCUGCUGGAAGUCUACUGUCGCACUGAUGGCCAAUGCAUUUGCCUGCUCUGUGUGAUGGAUGAACACAAAGGUCAUGACACUGUCUCCGCUGCAGCAGAGAGGAAAGACAAACAAAAAAAAUUUGGAAAGAAUAAACUAAGAUAUCUGAAAGGAAUACAGAAGAAAGAGAAGCAGCUGCAGCAGCUAAAACAGAAAAUGAAUGCACUACAGGGUUCAGGAGAUGCAGCAAUUGAUCAAAAUGAGAAAGCCUUCGCUGAAAUUGUCGCGAUGGCGGAUGAGAGGCGCUGUGCCAUUAAAGAGCUGAUCAGAGUUCAGCAGAAGGCUGCAGUGAGCCGAGCUGAGGCGUUUGUGGACCGUCUGGAGAAGGACAUCUCCAAGCUGAGAGAGGGAGAGGAUCAACUUAAACAACUGUCACUCACUGAAGAUCACAUUCUUUUCCUGCAGCUACUGGAGGAUCCGGUGACAACGUCCUGUGGACACAGUUACUGUAUGAAAUGCAUUAAUAACUUCUGGGAUGGACAUAAUGAAAGAGGAAAGAGCUACAGUUGCCCUCAAUGCAGGCAGACUUUCUGCCCGAGGCCUGAUCUGAAGAGGAACACUCUCCUGGCUGCCCUGCUGGAGGAGCACAGGAAGACAAACAGUGAACAAGCUGAUAAUAGCACUCACGCUGCUACUGGUGAUGGGCAGUGUGACGCCUGCACAGGGAGAAAAAGAAAAGCUUGCAUGUUCUGUCUCGUGUGUUUGGCCUCUUACUGUGAGACUCAUCUGAAGCCUCACCUUCAAGUGCCCCCCUUAAAAAAACACAAUCUGAUCAAAGCCUCUGCAUGGGUCAAAGACAGAAUCUGUGGCCAUCAUGACAAACUCCGGGAGAUUUACUGCCGCACGGAUCAGCAGUUCAUCUGCCUGCUGUGUGCGAUGGAUGAGCACAAAGGGCAUGACACUGUGGCAGUGUCAGCAGAAAAGUGUCAAAUGCAGAGACAACUGGAGCAAACUAAACAGAAAAUUGCAGAUAGACUGCUGCAUUCCGAGAGUAAGAUAAUGGAGCUGAGGCAGGCUGCAGACUCUAUAAGAGAUGCUGCAUGGGAGGCAUCUUAUGACCUUGAGCGACUGUGUGUGGAACGCAUCCGUACAUUGGUCCGCUCUGUGGAGAAAAAGCGCUCUGAGAUGAGAGAAAGAAUUGGAGAGGCAGAGAAAUCAGGAGUGGACUGGAUUAACAUCUGUGUCGGGCAAGUAGAGCGUGAAGUGUCGGAGCUGAGGAGCAGGGAGGAUAGACUUAACCAGCUUUCGCUCACAGAGGACCCCAUUCAGUUUGUGCAGGGUUUCAAGGCCCUGCGUGACCCCCCUGUGUCCACAGACUCACAUGAAAGUCCUGACACACUGACAGAGUUCAUCUCUGAACAGACAAAAAAACUGAAAAAUAUGUGCAACAAAGAAAAGAAAGAAUUAUUGCAUCAUCCUGAAGAAAAUCUGUUGUCGAAAGAACCAUCGUUUCAUGAGAAAACAUUAUCAAGGAUGUAUCUUUUGACCAGAUAUAAGAACACCACCAUGGAGGUGGACCCCAACACAGUGGCUGCAUGCCUUUAUCUUUCAGACAGAAACAGAGAGAUAUCGUGGAGUGACCGGGACCAGGCUCACCCUGAUCAUGCAGACAGAUUCACCUUCUAUCACCAGGCCCUGUGCAAAAACAGCCUUCAGUACAGCCACUACUGGGAGGUGGAGUGGGAUGGGGGCGUUGUUGACUUGGCCGUGUCGUACAGAAGCAUUGAAAGAAAGGGUUCAGGAAAAAGUUGCAGUUUUGGCCACAAUGAGCUGUCUUGGAAAUUAACCUGCUCAUUGUCCGGCUGCACAUUUUGGCACAAUAAUCUUCACAAAGGCCAGAUUCCUCCAGUUCUCUCCCGCAGAGUGGGCAUACAUCUUGAUUACGAAGCAGGAACACUAGGCUUCUACAGUGUUUCUGACUCGGGCAGUUUCACACGGCUGCACCACGUCAAGACCAUAUUCUCUGAACCUCUGUAUCAUGGGUUUUCAGUGGAUUUGGGUGCAACUCUGAAAAUAUGCAACAUCUAAACCACAAUAAAAGCCGCACGACCUCCUGCCGUUUAUAAUUCAGUCAUAGAAACCUGAAUAAGGCCUUCUGCCUGGGUAUGCCUCAUGGAAACCAGAAAGGUUUAGCCUUGUCUGGCUAAAAUGUCAUAAUUUCAUGAUUUCUUCCAAGACAUUUGUGCUUAUUUCAUAAUAAGGAUUUCAAUUAUUGAGAUGGAUAUACAACCAACAAAAAAUAAUAUGUACAAAAUUAGGAAUACUAUUUACAUAUGCAACUGUGCAUAUUUGAGGUUGAAUGGGUAAAUUUGUAUUACAAAUUUGAUAAUGAAUAAAUAGUUGAAAAUACAAAUUUUUAAUUAAGCUAUUCUCUAAAAAUGUAAAUGCACAUCAAAAUAUUUUUUUCUAUAACUUUUAUGCUUUAAAAAAACAAAUAAUAGCCUUAACUAUUUUGAAAUUAAUUUGUUAAACAUACUUUACGUUGUUUAAUGCUUUUGUUGGGAAAAAAGGCCACUUCUUUAAAUCCUUGAUGAAUGUAAAUACUGCUAUGCCUAUCCUUUAUUUUUAAUUAUCAAACAACGCAAACAAUCAGUAUUUUUGCUUUGAAAGACUUCAAUAAAAGGCCUUUAUCUUCCAA